AUGAACAAAUUUGGCUUAACCCUUUUCAAACGUGUUUCUUGCAUCCGACAAGGCCUUCAAAUAUUACCUGCUCGGAACGGAUCAUCAUCCUCUUUAAUUGUAAUGAUUAACGGUCAUCAUCAUCCAUUCCAUCAUCAAGUGCAAUCAACAAGAUAUUUUUCUACCUCUCCUUCUCGUUUUUCGGAUUUAAAGAAUCAACAAGAGGAUGAUGAAGCUUCCGAAGCUGUCUCUGAGACUGCCGAAUCUCAUCUCACAGACGAAGAAAUUAUUAAAUCCAUUCCUGAUUUUCGUCCACCCUAUUUUCAUGAAAUUUUAGCAAAGGCAAACAAGGAUGGAAAAGCACUCAAUGAAAUGACCAAACAAGAACAAGAAAACUUUAUGAAUAAUAUCAAACGUCGUAUUUUAAUGUAUUGCAGAAAUAGAGGUCGAGUAGAAACUGAGCUCUUUCUUGGAGGAUUUGCCAGAGAACACAUUCCAAGCAUGAAUGAUUGGAAGGAAUUGGAAGAAUUUUAUGAUUUAUUGUGUGAGCAUGACAGUGACCUCUAUAAUUGGUUGAUUGCUACUGAGCAAGACAAGAAGAGUGCAGAAUGGAAAGAAAAGCUACCAGAACGAUGGAGAGAUUCAGAAAUUAUGCAACGAGUUAUGAACUAUGUCGAUUCAAAGAGAGCCAUCAAGUAUUAUGAAACGACAGAGCAACAACGUUCACUAAGGGGCACUCGUCUCAACUCUACCUCUGAGAGCAAUGCCACUUUUAAUGAAGAUUAUGAUGCUACAGACUCUGGUGAAAUGAUUAGAAAGUAA